AUGGCCGAUACCAAAGGCCCAGUUAUCGCCUCUAACAAGCUGGCGAUGUCCCGCGCACUCGGUGCCGCAUUCCUCAAUCAUCAGGUUCAGCAGCUCGAAAAGACCGUCUCGAAUACAGGCCCAGGGGGGAAUUGGAGAGAGCGGCGUGCUUCCAAUCCCACGGAUAAUUACUACAACUAUGGCCACCCCGACGGACGCCGUCCUCGCACGCUCCCUGCGAAAAUGCUCAAGAAGCGGGACGGCGAAGGAGUCGAUCAUGACGGCGACGAAAGGGUGCGAUGGAAGGACCCGAAGGAGGCAAAGGCUCCGAAGGACGCUGAUAUCGUCGUCGUCGAUGCCAGUGUGCUCGUCCACGCUCUCGCCCAGGUCAAGAAAUGGUGUCGUGACGGCAGAGAGGAGAUCGUCAUCGUCCCGCUCGAAGCCCUCAACACCCUCGAUCUACUCAAGAAGGGUAUGAGCUCCCUCGCCCAGCGUGCUCGCGCGGCAUCUCGCAUCCUCGAAGCCCAGGUGGGCACCAACCCUCGCAUCUGCGUGCAGCGCGACGACGCAUUCGUCCCCUGGGACUCCAUUGUCGAAAGGCAGCUCCCUGGUGCCCCGCCCACUGGCUCUCCCGAGUGGGUGCGCCGCACCAUCUGUUGCGCGCGCUGGGAAGUCGAGCACGCUGCGGACGAAGACGCCCCUGAACGCAAGUCCGACGCGGACCCGGGCCACGGCGGCAGGAAGGUCGUGCUCGCCGUACUCUCGCAGGCCCCCGAGGCGCAGUCCGAGGCGAUCCACAUCCCGUACUCCAAUGCAUCCUCGUCUCCUGUGCCGCUUCCCGCACCGCAGAUGAACAGACACGAACCGCGCUCGUCUGGUGCGCUCGUAGCGCAGUGGGCGGCGAAGGCCGGAAUCCCGGUGCUCGAAGUGGCGCCGUCCCCGCCCCCUGGAGCGAACGGACCCGCUGGAGACGCAGCAGCAAACGGACGUCACUCGCCGCAGAACACCCGUCGCUCGGGCGAGGAGGAGCGCAGCAAGCGCGGAGCACGGAGGAACUCGUACCUGCGUAGUGGCGGCGAGCGCGGCGGUGCGCCCUCGGGCCGCCCGGGCUCGAGUGGCGGACUCGUCGAGCGCCCUCCUGCGGUCAUGGCAAUGAUGGAGGCAGUGGCCCAGCCCAGCCGUGUUGUGCGCGUCCUCGCGCGCGGUGAGAAGCUCGACCCGGAUACUUAA